AUGGAUUGCCCAAAGUGGAUCCUGGGCGGCCUUUGCCUGAUUAGCCUGGUCGGUGCCGCAACGGUAAUUGAAUUACUGGGCAGGAUGAAACUGGAAUCGGACUUUGAGUACGUGCUGCUCAUGAAGAAUCGGAACUUUAGUCUGUCGGAUCAAGUUUGGAACGGCACUUCGUUGGCAAGGGACAUUAUGGACGAACUGCAAGUGCCUGUCCUUCAAUUAAAUGAAGAUGUGAGCUACUUUUUGCACAAUAGCAUCAGUAGACGUCUGGUUUCCCUAGGCUUUAUAAGUGAUGCAAAUCUGGACGAGCACAGAGGUCUGCUCACAGCUCUGGUCGCGAAUCUUAGGCACAUGACCACGUCUAGAGUGAUGUUUCUGAUCCAAGCGGAGGUGUCAACCGAUUUUCUAUACGAACUGUUUAGAGAUUGCUGGCGUAAAAAGCUCUUGAAUGUGAUUGUGAUUUUCCAGGACUUUGAGACUACCUCGACCUUCUACAGCUACUCACAAUUUCCUGUACUACAAAUAGAAGAGCGCAUCUAUGAUAUCAGUUUGCAACCUUUACCUAUUUUUCCCGAUCGACUCAGGAAUUUCCAUGGCUACGAGAUGCCCGUGAUUCUUGGAGGAACCGCUCCGCGCAUGAUUGCCUACCGCAACAAGAAGGGUGAUGUGGUCUAUGAUGGAACCGUGGGUCACUUUAUGACGGCCUUUCAGCAAAAGUACAACGUGAAAUUUGUGCAGCCACUGCUGGCGAAAAAUCCCCUGGACUUUGCACCAUCGAUGCAAACAGUUAGUGCAGUGCGCAAUGAAUCCGUAGAGUUAUCCAUAUCCCUGACUUUUCCCACGAUUCCCCCAUUUGGAUUCAGCUAUCCGUACGAGCAGAUGAAUUGGUGCCUCAUGCUGCCGGUGGAGGCCGAUGUGCCACCAUUUGAGUAUUACACCAGGGUCUUUGAGCUGGCUGCUUUUCUGCUAACUCUGGGAACCCUAGUGAUAAUAUCCUGUCUCCUGGCCAGCGCCUUGCGGCUCCAUGGCUAUCCAACCAACAUCAGUGAGUUCCUGCUCCACGACAGCUGCUUGAGAGGAGUACUGGGGCAAUCCUUUGUGGAAGUCUUCCGAGCACCCGCUCUUGUGCGGGGUAUUUAUCUGGAGAUUUGCGUGCUGGGCAUCCUGAUCACCGCCUGGUACAACUCCUAUUUCUCCAGCUAUGUGACCAGUGCACCAAAGCAGUCGGCUCUACGAACUUACGAUGAUAUUUUUGCCUCCAAUCUGAAAGUGGUGGCAUGGAAGCCGGAAUAUGCAGAGCUGGUUGGCCGUCUCCUGGAGUUUCGGAAGUACGAAUCCAUGUUCCUGGUGGAGCCCGAUUUUAAUCGGUACUUGGCACUUCGUGACACGUUGGACACGAGAUAUGGUUACAUGAUAACCACUAAUAGGUGGGUUUUGAUCAACGAACAGCAAAAGGUCUUCUCGCGACCACUUUUCCAAAAACGCGACGACUUUUGCUUUUUCAACAAUAUACCCUUCGGCUUCCCCUUGCAUGAGAACUCGGUGUUUAUGGAACCAGUGCAAAUGUUGAUUAUGGAAUUGGCCGAAAGAGGACUCUACUUUCACUGGAUGGCCACCGGUUUCUCGGAACUCAUUGAGGCGGGUGAGAUGCACUUUGUGGACUUGAGUCCUCAUCGCGAAUUCAGGGCCAUGCAGAUUCAGGAUCUACAGUAUGUGUGGUAUGGAUAUGCUUUUAUGGUAGUAUUUUCCUCACUAGUUUGGCUGCUGGAAAUCUUGGUGCACAAGGUAAAAUGGAAAAUCAUUAUGAAGCGGAACAAAAUAUAA